GGUUAAAAUUAUGGUGUUCUCAAUUUGACUUUUCAAUCGGGGAAAUUAUGACGCUCAACCAUUCUAACGUCAAAAGCUCUACAGGCCAGACUUUUCAAACAACUUGUAGAAGUUCUUGGGUGAGUGAGUAUCGUGAGAGUCCAGGACCACAACAUGGCAGCUACUCGUGUCUUUCGAGAAUCGUUCGUCUUUGGUCAUAAAGAACUGACACACUGGUUUCCAUCACAUAUGGCUCGAAGUAUGAAGAAGAUGGAAGGUAGUAUGAGGAAAGUAGACUGUGUUAUAGAGGUCCAUGAUGCGAGGCUCCCGUUUGCUGGUAGGAAUCCAGCAUUCCGAGAAAGCUUUGGCAUCAAACCCCAUCUUCUGAUACUUAACAAGAAAGACUUAGCAGACAUGGCAUCAAGUAAUGAUAUAAGAAAACGUUUGCGGCAGGAGGAGGGGAUCGAGCAUGUUAUGUUCACUAAUUGUUUGCAACAAAAUAGUCCAAGUGCUAAAAAAAUCAUACCUGCGGUGAUCGAUAUCAUCGGAGGAAGGGAAAGAUUCAAUCGGGCCGAGGACCAGGAAUUUUCCAUCAUGGUUGUAGGGAUCCCAAAUGUUGGCAAGUCGUCCCUCAUCAACGCCCUCCGAAGGAUGCACGUAAAAAGAGGAAAGGGAACCAAGGUUGGAAGGCUUCCAGGGGUUACAAGAUCACUGAUGCAGAGGAUUCUAGUGAGUGAGCAGCCUCGAGUCUGGUUGUUUGAUACCCCUGGCAUCACAACACCUUUCAUUCAGAAUGUUGAAAUUGGUAUGAAGCUUGCUAUCAUGGGUACACUUCAAGACCACAUGGUUGGAACCGAGUUGAUUGCUGACUACAUACUCUUUACUCUCAAUAGAUUGCAGAAAUUUAGGUAUGUAGAUGUAUACAACAUUUCUGAACCUUGUGAUGACAUUGACAGAGUAUUGGCUGACAUAGCAAUCAAGUUUGGCAGAACAAGAAAGCUCAAGACCUAUGAAGGAUCAAGGAGGGAAGUAUUGGACAUUCACGCGGCUGCAUCGAUCCUUGUCCGUGACUUUAGGACCGGAGUCUUAGGCCGAAUAUCCGUGGAUUGAAUCUCCAACAUUUGGACAGAAUAAACUGUAAUCCCUUUGACUGUGGUAUCAUGGUGAAAACUAAAUCAAGUCUAUGGGAAUUUGGAAAUUUGUUUUAAAAUGCUCGAGUGCAAUAUGUUCCUUGGGGACUAUGAGGUGAGAACAGCCCUCACAGGAAACCCUUUGGAUUUCAUUUCUAUCCUGUGGAGGUGCCGUGGUCUAGUGAAUGUCCAGUACUGUGUGCGCUUCACCGGCGACUGAAUGGAAUACUCCCCAGGGAGUAGAGGAUGUGCACACAUUGUGUGCGGGAAUGACUGAUUGAAUCCAAUGACCAGGGUAAUAGACACGUCGUUCCGAUGUAUUCAGCGCUAUAUAAAAGCUGACUAUUAUUAUUCUUCAAUGCGUGAAUCCAUCUGAAAAGCAGCUUGCUAUCAUUAUAUUUCAUUGAACAAAUGUCCAAUUAUGCAUAGACAUAAACAUACCAGUAAGAUGUAUAUUUUUAUAAGAUUUUUUGUUUGUUUCAGAAUCAGAUAUGAAUGAAACUACAUUAUUAAAAACUUCAUGAAUCCCAGGAAUCUUAUCAUUUUCGUAUGUCGUGUAGUGUGGGUCAAUUGAAUUGUAUCACUCGAACAUGUAGAUGUUUAAUAAAGCUGUUUCUACGAUA